ACACCAUCGCGGCCAUAACGAGCAGUCGAGUGCAUGGUCGAUACAGUCAUGGGUCAUUUGCCGCCCACACGCUGAUGUUGACGGACCUUUCACUAUGAAACCCAAAAGCAUUAGAUGCAUGAAGUUCUUUCUCGCGCUCUUUAACAUAAUAUUCAUUUUGUUCGGACUGGUCCUGAUGGCGAUAUGUGUGAUCAAUAUGCGUGAUCGCGCUCACCGCGAACAGCCGUCCUCACUGUCCCGGGGAGUGCUGUCUUUUAUCCUUACCCUGGGAUUUGGGCUGAUCGUCACAGCUGUGCUAGGCUGCAUUGGCUCAUUAAGAGAAAAUGUCAAGAUUCUAUACGUGCACUCCUGUUUCCUCAUGUUCCUGUUAUCGGUAGAGGUGAUGGUCGGAGUGGGGAGUGCCGUCAUAAACGCCUGGGUCGGAGGAGGCAGUGAACUCAGACUGCAGUUCUAUAAGAACAUCACAGUCGAUGAUGAAGGACCUAACCAGCAGGCGUUCUGGGACAAAUUACAGUCUGAAAACCAAUGCUGCGGCGUGGACGGCCCCCAAGACUAUGCCAUCUUACAACGAGAUAUCCCCGCGUCUUGUUGCGCACGCGCUCACCCCUUACGAGAAGGCGGUGCGAGAAGACAUCUACACUCUACCUGUAUCACCGAAAGAUCAUACUACGUGAGAGGCUGCGAGGAAGUGCUGCGACAAAAGAAGGCAUUCAAGGGAAACAUUUUUAUUACAACUGGAAUUAUUUUCACUCUAUUGGAGAUCGUAUGCAUCAUUCUGUCUCUGUGGAUGGCUCGCGUUGUCAGGCAGGAACGUCGAAAACUUCAACAGAACUUACAAGCUCAUUUCGAGACAUAAACCUAACCUAACGUGUUCAAGAAAGCGCACUCACGUGACAGUUAUACAGAUAAUGUAGCGACAAUGUUUAUCAAAUGAUUACCACAAGAAAAAACCAUCGCAACUCAUUGAAGACUUUCUGCAUGCACAUUGGAAUUUUCACUUUUAGCACAUUUUAUUAUUAGACAAUUCAAACGUAAGGAAACGUCAAAUUAGCUGAUAGCUGUGAUAAACUGUAGUUAUAAAAUUAAAGAGGUCUCGGACCUAAAAACAAAAUGUAUAUUCGAUUAGCGGGUUCUAAAAUUCCGCCAUGUUUUAUUUCGUAGUUCAAUAGGCGAAUGUUUUAACAGCUGUGCAUUUGGGACCAACGUUGUAAAAAAUAUUUAAUAUGCUUUCUCUAUCAUUACUAUCUGAGUUAGGCCGCACUAUAUUUGAGGUUGUAAGCAUUCAAAUUGUUACAAUUAAUUGUCUAAUGCUUAUUUAUUUUAGGGAUAACAUGACACCUAAAUAAUUUUUUCAAUAUACCUACCAGUUGAAGUAAAAACAGUUAUUAGUCUGGUAUCAUUAUUCAUAUAAUGCAGGGACUUUUUUUCAUAUAUUUACUUAUUAUAUAAUUUAUUUAAUAUGUAAUUAUUCACAGAGAUUUCUUUAAAGUGUGCGAAUUUUUAAAUUAUAAAACAGUUUAUAAGAUAUAACUCUCGCCUUUAAGACAUCUCUAAGUUAACUGAUCUCAUUAUAUUGUGAACCACUUUAAAUAUUUUCUAAGAAUGUAGACUUUGUGAGAUUUAAUAAUUUUGAUACUUGUUUGUUAAAUAUUUUAUUAGGAUGCAUUGAAAGAUUUUUUUUCCUUUAAUUUAUUUCGUUAAUGUGACCAAUUAAACUAGCUACGACAAACUACAAAUAGAUUUAAGGAGUUGUUGUUAAGUUGUUCUUCUCAUAAAUGUUUCACAAACUCACUGAUAUUAAUUGCCAAUAUAAAUUUAUACUUUUUCACGAAUAAACUCUAUGUCUUUCAA